AUGAGCUCUCCUUAUACCGUCCAGAUCCACCAGAGCAACAAGGAGCCUUCAAUCUCCAGCUCGUACAGCUACUCUUCUGGUUCGUACAGCUCUUCCGGCAGCACAACACCUCGAUCUCUCUCUCCCGGCGAGUACCGCGAGUACGGUGCUGACAAGCACACCACACAAGUCGCCAGCUCUGGCCGGAACUUGGUCAUCAACCACAACAAAGUCGGGUUCGAAAAGGACUCUCCCGCACCAAAAUACUCAGGCGCAUACACGAGAACAUAA